CCCAUCCGCCACACACCUUUUUCCCACAUUAUGGCACCUUCAAUUCUUGAUGAUGGUUAUCCUCCUACUACAUCUACCUCACGCGCCGCCGUUAUCCCUUCCGUGAAUAAGCGCCGGACACUUACCGACGAAAAUAAUCACCACCAACCUCUACUACCUGGCCUACCUGAUCACAUAGCCCAUAUCUGUAUUUCUCAUGUCCCACCCUCAAUUCUUUACUCCGUUUGCCAUUCAUGGCGGCGCGUGAUCUACACCUCUUCAUUUCCGCCCUUUCUUUCACUCUAUUCACUUUCCUCCAGUCACGAUUCCACACUCAAACUCUCGUCUUUUGAUCCAAUAUCUAAUGAAUGGAAAGCUGUUACUCUAACACCACCACAACUCCGGCGCGUGUCCUUCCGUCAUCCAUCGUUCAUCGCCCGGAACUUACCAGUUCAAUCAUACUCACUCGCCGGAAAUCUUGUUCUACUCGCUGGAACCUCCGGCGACCUUCUUCCUGCCGUCUCACAUCCUCUAGUUUUCAACCCACUAUCCAAUACAUGGGCUUCCGGUCCUCCUUUAACAAACCCACGACGGUGGUGCGCCGCCGGUGUCUCACGCGCCUCCGUGGUUGUCGCGAGUGGGAUAGGCUCACACUUUACCCAGACCGUUUCUCGGUCCGUUGAAAAGUGGGUAUAUCCAGAAUCCAAUCUUUUUGAUAAAAAAAGUGAAAUCUCAAAUGGGGUUUGGAAAAAGAUGAAAUCUUUAAGUAAUUCAAAGUUUAGUAUGGAAGCCAUUGAUGCCAUUGGAUGUAAAGAUAAGCUUUAUAUGGUCAACGGGAAAGGCGCGUAUGGUAAAGAAGGUGUUGUUUAUGAUGUGAAUUCCGAUGAGUGGUCGGAAAUGCCGGCGGAUAUUUUGGGUGGCUGGAGAGGUCCGGCGGCUGCAAUGGAUGAGAAGAUUAUAUAUAUUGUUGAUGAAUCUAAAGGCGUGUUAAGAAAAUAUGAUGAUGUUAUGAAGUUAUGGGUGGAUGUUUUGGAAAAUGAGAUGUUAAAAGGGGCUGAACACAUUGCCGCCGGUGGUGGUAGAGUGUGUGUCGUUCGUGGUGGUGGUGUUGGGAUUGUGGUGGUGGAUGUGGUGGCGUCUCCACCGCGGUUAUUGGUUGUGGAUACACCGGCCGGAGAACAAGUAUUGCGUCUUCAUAUUUUGCCUAGAAUGUGUUCACCCGAGGUUGAUUCGCAAAUUGUGGUUUAGAGUCUAAAAUAUUAUUCAUAUUUGAAUGUUAUUAUAUAAUAUAGAUAUAUUGUUGUCAUACAUUCAAUCAAAUUUUAGACAAAUAGGGUGUAAAUGUUGUCAUGAAAGAUUUACUCGUAUAUUAUAAAGAUUUAUUUAUUAUUGUA